CCCGGAUCUACUGCAAUCUCAUCCAUUCACUUCAUUCAUCAUCAUGUUCGGGUCGAGUUACUGCGCGAGGGCGCACGUGCAGAGGACGUUCGAACAGCUCAUGAAUGUGCUUCCAUCGCAGUUGAAGGAUAAGCCCCAAGUCAUUCUUCUUGCAGGAGGAAGAACACCCUUCCGAAACGACACAGAUCGCGAGCUACCAUUUCGCCAAGAAUCUAAUUUCUACUACCUCUCAGGAUGCUCCGUGCCUGGAUCAUUCCUUCUUGCUCUAUAUCAGCCUGAACAUACGAAUGCGUCCACAAGGCUGAGUGUGAAGCUAUCUAUCCCGGAAAUACAGGCCGCAGAUCUCAUGUGGAGUGUUCCUCCACCCACAAUCGAGGAAGCGAAGCAGUUGUUCGACGUAACCGACAUUGCGUAUAGCUCAGAGCUACAAGGUACCAUUGAGUUACUCCUUCAGUCACAUUCCGAAGCUGUCUUCCAUACUCUGCCGCGCAACUCGCCUCUAUUUCCCACUUUACCCGAGGAGUACAUGGCGACUAUUGUUACAUCAGAGACCCACACCGCAACGGAUGCAUACUUACUCUCUUCCUUGCACAAAACACGAUUGAUCAAGGAUGAGAACGAGGUAGCGAUGCUCCAACGCGCGAACGAUAUCAGCUCCAGAGCGCAUGAGACCGUCAUGCGCGUUUUAGGCAACGCAGUACAGGGCGCAGGCAUUGAUCGCCCUCUUCUUCCUGGAGAGUGGCUGAUUGAGAAAGAGGCGGAGGCGGAGGCGAUCUUUGUUGCAUCAUGCCGACGUGAAGGAGCCGUUCAUCAAGCAUAUCUUCCUAUCGUCGCUGCCUCCAGGAGAGCCGCUACGUUACACUACUGUUGUAAUGAUCGAGAGUUCACCUGGGGACCUAUAAAGCCACACGAUCAUUUGAACCACGGCGCAUUGGCACACGGCCCUGCACCCGAAAGGCAGUUAGAGCCUCAGCUACUUCUUAUCGACGCAGGAUGCGAAUGGGAUUGCUACUCUGCGGACAUUACACGCACGAUGCCUGUUGGUAAUGGCGGAAAGUUUACUGAGAAAGGCAAGCAGAUAUACUCUCUUGUGCUGGAAAUGCAGCAGAAAUCGAUGAAAACUCUCAGGCCUGGUGUCCACUGGGACACCAUCCAACUGCUCUGUCACCAGAUUCUUGUGGAGGGGUUUCUCGACCUCGGACUCUUCAAAGGCUCGAAAGACGAGAUUCUGCGCUCUGGAAUUAGCUCGGCCUUUUUCCCUCACGGAGUCGGGCAUUCACUCGGGAUGGAUGUACAUGACGUCCCGAGUGCAAGUAAACCAAUAAACAACAUGACUAUUCUACAAGACAAAGUUGGGCACCCCAGUUUUUACACAUACCUGCGGCUCCGGCUGCCACUCGCAGAGGGCAUGGUCGUGACCGUUGAGCCGGGGAUCUACUUCCAUGAACACCUACUCAAGGCUGUAGAUGAGUCUGAAUAUGUGAACCACAACUUGUUGGAGGAGUAUCGCGAAAUGGGCGGCGUGCGCAUUGAAGAUGACAUAUUGAUCACUUCAGAUGGGUGCGAGAACCUCACCAAGGUUAGGAGUGAUGUUGAGUGGCUAGAGUCGGUGUGCUCUGGGGAGAUUUGAACGUAGAAAGUCGUUUGUAAGAGUAUUCGUGUGGAUAAUGGUUUCAAUGACAUUUGCUGGAAACCCGCUGAUGCUGGAUGUUUAACAGGAACUGAAAUUUCACGCAGUUAAUCUUAUUGGGUGACUUUGAUUUAGCACAAGGUUUCAGCAGCGAAUAAUCUAGGACACUAAUCGUUUUUUUUUCGAGCCGCAGGAUAGUCGCAAUGUCCCUACUCUUGCCCAAUGUGGCCGGAUUUACAUACUUAUCCCCAAACACUACAGACACUCGAAGUACUGAUAUAUCAAAGAUCGUAAUGGAGCUAUUGACAUGUAUCCGCCGAAUUUGGGGCUGGAUGAAAUUUGCUAGCAAUGCGUAAUUGAUAUGUAGAAGAUAGGACACUUCUCGCUUGGAAACGCCGUAGGC